CAUUUUUUGGAGCAAGUGAUGUGUAGUCGUCGUCAAUCGACGAAGAUUCGACCCCAAAGAACUUUUUGUAGUAGUUCACAAUCACAUACACAUUAACCUCGACCUAGAAAUAGAAUACAACGUAUGCAUCAUAUACCUACGCGGCAUCAUAGUAGUUCACAUUCACCUCCACCUAGAAGACGGCCUAAAGCACUUGCUCAAUAUUUAGAAACCAAAACGUCGAGAAUCAAAAUGCCUCCUUCCCGACGUCCCGUUCUCAGCAUGGAAGGCCUUCGGGUGGCCCAAUUGAAGGACAUGUGUCGCGAAAAGCACUUAUCGCAGACCGGCAAGAAAGCAGACUUGAUUGCGCGAUUAAAUGCUGCUUGUGGAGGCGAAACGGCUAGCAUUGGACUCGAGUCCUCGAAAAGAAGUUCAGGCUCAUCUGGGCAGAACAACAGGAGUUCAGGCUCAUCUGGGCAGAACAAGAUGUCCGAUGCUGCCUCGCCUAAUGCAGUUGGUGAUGCGGUUGCGGCUGCCUCCACAGCAGGGAGAAAUAUUGGCGGUCGUUCUAUUGGUAACGCAGGUAUAAUUGAUGUUCAUCUUGUGGCUCAAAAACAGCAGGAAGCUGAAGUUAAUGUUGCUGGCGAAGGACCUAUUACGACUGAGCAACAAGAAGACCAUGAUCUUAACGAUGGCCAGAGGACACUGUUGCUUGACGAUUCUCCGUCUUCGGUACAGCAGGUUAAUAAAAGUACUCAUCAGCGAGACGAAAUAGUCGACCUAGAUACUAGCGACGACGAAGAGAACAUUAACGAUAGAGCAGAGAGUGCGGGGUUACCUCCAGGUCCAGAUGUAAGUAACAAGACUAGAAAAAACCUUAACCUACCUCCUCCUCCUCCUCCCGCACUACACCUUGGAGGACUCUUUGGCGCUGAUGAGGACGAUGUUGGCGUUGCACCACGACCAGCACAGCCAACUAGUGUACAACUAGCUAAAGAUAAAGUACUAGAAGAUCUACUUCAAGGUACUACAACUAGUAACAAUAUACGAACGGCUUCUUCCAGUUCCAACCUUCCUUCUAGUAGUUUGUUGAAUAACAAGGAGAAUCAGGAUCCACACCAGGAAGAAGAAUUGUUAGGCUGCAAGCGAAGGAAACUUGAGGUCUCGGAAAACGCUUCCAACAUCUUCAACGAACAGAAAGUUUCGAAGUCGACAAGUAUUAGUGUAGGGCCACCUCCUUCGAAUUCACCUAAGCUUGUCGCACAGGAGUUAUCAACGUCAUGCGCGGAGAUGGGCAAAACAGGCGAGGAGGGUAGCAGUAGUAGUAGCUCCAACUUUAAAAAUGAGAACCCGGCGAACAAACCCAUGGAUAGAAAUAUCGCGCCGACGAGAACCACAACAAUCACGCCGACAACGUCCUCCUCGACAACAUCACGAGGAGCACCACCAGCCAGGAACAAAAAAUUUGCACAACCCGCAAAGAAGUUUUUGAAUGCUGCACCGAUUUUAGACGCUAGUUUUAUCCCUUGGAAUUCGAGUGGGGCUCUAGGUGAUGAAAACAAAAAGCCACAAGGGGAAGUGUCCGGAAUUGAAUGUGGAAAUGAAGGUAGCAAAGAGCAGACUGGCUAUGCCGAAGACAAUUGCCACGCUGAAGGCGCACAUCACAAGGAUCCUCAACAAGGACUACAAGCUGCGGAGAAGCAAUCAUCGUCGAAUGUGGCAGAUGUGCAGAAGCAAAAUGUUAGCGGAGGUAGCAUCUCGAUGAAAUCGUCUUCAUCGUCAUCUGGUGACACUGCAGCAACAACAGCUUCCUCGUCCUCCUGCUCUUCGUCGUCUUCACGGAAUGCAGCUAACAGCAGUCGCAAUCCUGUGACUGAUCUCGAACAACAAUACCUUGCCCAACUUCGCAAUGAGAGUUUGCAUAAUUUGAGUAGUCAGAGAACAAGAGGAGCUACCCAGUCGCAGACGCAGAAUCUAAGAAGUCAACAAGGAGGAAUUAGAGCUGGAACUACUACGUCAACGGGAGGACAGGAUUUUUACGAAGUAGACCAGGAAAUCCAGUUUAUCCCACCUCCAUCAAAUAUCCAGAUAGCUCCAGAAAACGAAGCCAAUUUGUCCUUUACCAGCGUCGGAGAGGAUGGCUGGAUCAAAAAAAUGCCUUCUAGAACAAACCUUGCAGAUGCAGGUUUCGAUACCAAGACAACUUCAACGCCAACCUCCACAGAAGUACCUCAAUAUCGAGGCUUUCAGAAAAACGUAGUGAAACCUCGACCAAAUCUAGGAAGAGUAUCUACCAUUUGUUCUUGACUCUGUAGAUGUACAGGAAAUUAUACGAGAUGGACUCCGACUCUUUGUUACUCUUUGAAAACAACUACGACGUCGACUUCGACAUCGUAACCCC